AUGUUUAAGGAUCAGAUGGAGGUUGAGGUUCAGGAGGAGGUGUUAGAGGGGAGCUCUAUGUGUCUGCGCUGCUCUGCUAAGACUCUCUGCUCCUCUUCUCCACCAACUCUCACAUGGAGCUCCACUGACAGACUCCACCUCAAUGAGAGCAGCAGACUACAGCUGGAUCAACAGAAACAAACUGAGAUCAUCUCUGAUCUGAACUUCACUGCUACUCACCUUCAACAUGGAGUCACUUUAAUCUGCACUAUAACCUACCAGCUACAGCAGAGGAUCACAACAGCACAGAACAACAUCACACUACGUGUUCAGUAUGCUCCUAAAACCAUCUCAGUGUCUGUGUUUCCAUCUAACUCUGUCCUGGAGGGCAGUUCAGUGACUUUGAUCUGCAGAAGUGAUGCAAAUCCAGCAGUUCUCACCUGGUACAGAGAGAAUGAAGGACAGCUGGAGAAGCUGCAGACUGGAUCUAAUCUCACCUUCAAUGUUACUGAUCGUACACAAACAGGACUCUACUACUGUCAAACCAAAAACCAACAUGGUACCCAAAACACAUCAGUACUGCUGGACAUUCAGUAUGCUCCUAAAAACACAUCAGUGUCUGUGUUUCCCUCUAAACCUGUACUGGAGGGCAGUUCAGUGACUUUGAUCUGCAGCAGUGAUCGAAAUCCAGCAGUGUUCAACUACACCUGGUACAGAGAGAAUGGAGGACAGCUGGAGGAGCUGCAGACUGGAUAUAAUCUCACCUUCAAUGUGACUGAUCGUACACACACAGGACGCUACUACUGUCAAACCAGAAACCGACAUGGCACUCAAAACACAUCAGUGUUGCUCGACAUUCAGUAUCCACCUAAAAUAUCUCUCUCCUCCGGCUUUACUUGUGGCGAUUUAACUGUGUGUUUGUGUGAGGCUCAUGGGAAUCCCUCUCCUAAAGUGGAGUGGCGUCUAUCUGGACGUCCUGUCAGUAACUCUACAAACACAUUCAUCAGUGAGGAGCGAUUGAACAGCACAGACUUGAGGAGCUUCAUUUCUCUCCAUCAGUCACUUACACACACAGACACUCUGCAGUGUGUCACCACCAACACUCACGGCAAGGCCAGUGAAAAGAUUCAACUGGUUUCCAGUCCUCGGGAGACAAAUUGUCAAUGGAUUAUAAUUCCACUCUUGAUAUUAAUACUCAUUCUUCUACUGUUUGUUGCAACUGUUGGAUUUGGGCUCUACAAAAUUAGACAACUAACCAUGAUGUUGAAGGUUCACAAUGAUGCUUCUCUUCAACUCUCUGCCAAAGACCCUUAUUAUGAAAAUGUGAAUUUUAAGUAA